AUGAAUUCCGACUCGAGCUCCAGUAGAUCCUCCUCCCCCGAUAUAGAUGGGAUGUAUCUCCGCGACCAUCACCUGUCAGACGGGCUACUCAACUCGGUGUCUUCGACUCAGAACGAGCUCCUACAUAAGAUGACAAGCGAGCACCUCGCUAGGCACGGGGAAAAAUCACCUGGCGGGAGCAAGUACAAGCUCAAGAAGCAGGUGAGCGAGCACGAUAUCCAAGACCUGCGACUGAAAAUCAACGGACGCGAGCGGAAAAGAAUGCAUGACUUGAACAUGGCCAUGGACGGCCUGCGAGAAGUCAUGCCAUACGCGCACGGGCCGUCUGUCAGGAAGUUGUCAAAAAUCGCAACGCUCCUUCUAGCCAGAAACUACAUCCUGAUGCUGACAAGCUCUCUGGACGAGAUGAAGAGGCUGGUGGGGGAGAUUUACGGCGGGCAUCACUCUGCGUUUCACUGCGGAACGAUAAGCCACCCCGGCGGCCACACGGGGAACCCCCCUCACCACGUGCACCCGCUUCUAGGGAGCGCACUGACAUCCUCCACUUCCUCCACGCUAUCCACGACCUUACCUGGACUUACCUCCAUCAGGGCGCCGCACUCUUUGAUGAAGACGGCCCCAGCACCUCCUCUGCAGCUCGGCAGUGGCUUCCAACAUUGGGCAGGCUUGCCAUGCCCCUGCACCAUUUGCCAGGUGCCACCAGCACCCCAUAUUCCCAUCACCUCAUCGGGAUUAACGAGACUGUCUAGCGAGAAGGAAAUAAUGAAGUAA